AUGCCUCUCGAACUGGAGUUCAGCAAAACGUUUGACUUUACAAUAAAAGUUCAAAAAACGAUCGGUAUCCCGUGUUGUUUCGAGCCCUACCCGGACACGCUCCGAGCGAAGCUCAAAGCGAAUUUCGGCUUUAUAACAUCCUUCGCGAUAUUAGCCUACUGCGUGCUCGGCCAGCUGAUCAACGUGGUAUUGCUGCUGAUCGGACAUCGAAAAACCGAGGAAGCUAUGGAAGAAAUCGCCAUCCAGAUUGUUUGCACCGGAUUCUGCAUUACCGGCCUGAUCAAAAUGUACGGACUGGCGUACCACCGGAACCUGCUGACAUCGAUAAUCGACGAUUUCCGAGUUAUGUGGGCGGAGGAGUUACUCAGUUCAGCCGAUCGACAAAUCUGUGACAAGGUUCUUCGUCCGACCAUGGCAAUUGCGGCAUUCGCUGCCAUCGGAAACAUCAUCAUGGUGUCGGCUUUUAAUUUCCUACCCGUCGCGGAAAUGAUCUUCAAUCACUGGCAAACUGGAAAAUGGCACCGCCUACAGCCGUAUGUGAUCUGGUUCCCGUUCGACGGAACUGGAGGUUGGUGGUACUAUCUGGUCUACACGUUCGAGGUUUACGGGGGCUAUGUGGUGGCCGUUAGUAAUGUCGGAACCAAUUGCAUCUUUUGUCUGCUCUGUGCCCAUUUGACCAUGCAACUGAAGCUGCUGAACCGCUCCCUGGAAGAUGUCAUUCAGCCCGAAGAAGCGAAUAAGCGGCGACUCGUCCAGAGGGAUGCGAGAGAGAUGUUACCGAAGCUGAUUCGACGGCAUCAGAGUUUGCUGAGCUGCAAGGAAACAAUGGAUGCAGUAUUUAGCCUUACAUUUUUCCUAAACUUCGCUGCUAGUACCAUCAUCAUGUGUGUGCAAGGAUUUCUGAUGCUUAUUGCCGAUUUCUAUGUCGUUACAAAAAUCGCCCUAUUCAUGGGUUGCUGCCUAGUAGAGAUCUUCUUCCUCUGUUACUAUGGGGAUGAGGUGUUGGAGAACAGCACUCAAUUGGCCCAGGCGGUCUACAACUGCCGCUGGUACCACCAGGAUGCCGGAGACUGUAAGUUUAGUAAGAAUUUGAUUCCGAUCAUCCUGCGAGCCCAACGCCCGAUGAAGCUGAUGGCGUGGAAGUUUUGGCCCAUAACCAUCAACACAUUCGGAAUGAUAUUAAAUGCCUCUUGGUCAUAUUUCACGCUGUUGAGAACUGUCGUGCUUUGAACUUAUUCUUCGACAUGUACAAUUUUCCAAAAUUCAUAUCCGCAGUUCGAUAAAACGGAGUGGAAAACGGCAAUGGCAAGCUUAUCAUAUAAAAGUGUUAAAAACAAGUCAAAAUAAGCUAUCAUUAAACAAUUCGCUACGUUUCGCGCACUACGAUUGCUACUAUCGCUAAAUUUUGUAUACCCAAUAUUAAAUAUUAAUAUUGACAUAGCUAAAUUUCCAUCUGACAAAACACUUCACCGGGACACUGUUGAACAAACAUCCAAGCAUGUGGUGAAACCUAUCAAUGCAAAAUUCAUUGAAUGGAAAAUGUCACGCAGUCAUCUAAUAUCGGUUCCAACAGCAAGUGAAAGCAGCAACGAACAAUCGAUUAUCCAUACCUGCACACCAUACACCACCACUUAUGUCCCCGUUUUGAGAAAAGCCUACAAGAAAACAGUACCCGUUCGGCAUCAAAUCAUCUCCAUGUGUAGUACAAACAGGCAACAAGGUACCGACAGUAGUAGUAGGUCUAUGUGAACAAACGGAGCAGUGGCUGCUGGGGGG